UAUUCGUCACCCGCGGCCUUCCCCUCACCCAUCGCCGCUGUUGUUUAUGUUUCGGUUUUUUUAGCUUUUACUUUCACUUUCGCAGCUGCUACUACUGCUGCAUAAGAAUAAAACGUUGUUGGUGCUACUUUGCUAUUUUUGCUGUUGUGUGAUUAAAGUUGCAUUUGCAAUUUGGCGGGAAGUGCGACUCGAAGCUCUUUGACCCCCCGCUACGGGAGGCCUCGCUGUGGGGACCGACCUAGGCCCAGUUUCUUCUAAACAACAACAAUCUGUACAGUGUCCACUUCCCACCGCUUUAAAUGAUAAACUUGAGGGAAACUUCCACCUAAGGUGUCUUAAAUUGUUAUUUUUUUAUUAUUAUUUUCGAACAAUGCAAACAAUUGCCGAAGUCUUUACGACCCGACUGCAGUAGUUUUCGCGUUGAACUUCUUUCGCACCAGACCGCGAUGCCGAGAGGCGUGAAGAGGCCCUCACGACGGGGACGAGGAGGGCUGGGCCUCGGGAGAGACGGCGACGACGAGGAGGAGGAGGAGGGGACCCAGGUGGUAAGGAAGACCGGGAGGUCCAAACAGCCACGUGGGGGAGAUGACGACGAGGCGAAGGAGGUGAGCAAGACUCGUGGCUUCAAGGAGUCUGGAGGAAGUGGUGGUGACGAGGUGAAGGAGGCUCGUGGGUCCAAGGAGCCUGGAGGUGACGAGGCGAAGAGGACGAGGGAACCUCGGCGCCGACCCCCCGUGGUGCCUGAACCCUCCCAGACCCCCGACGAAGCGGGGACCCGAGUCCCCUCGGCGAGGUCUUCAUCACGCCGCCGCCACGCACCGGUACAGAACAAGCCGGACAAGGAUAAGGAGGUGGAGGGGACAUCCAGUGAAGAGAUGACUGAAAUGAGGAAGAGUGAUGGAAGAAAACGUCGGGGGACUAAUAAGGAGGACACGGUGACUCCAAAGAGGCCUCGCAAGCGUGGGGCACAUGACCCAGUGGAGGCUCUGGCCAAGGGCCUGGGCAGGAAGACCGCGAAAACAGAGACCGGCAGUCCAUCUCAACCCAAAGCCGACGUCUCUGUGGUUCCAAUGCUUAGAGCAAGCGGCGGAAACUCAGCCGGGAGAGGAAGCCACAAGUUUGUUGGUGGUCACAUGUCCAUUUCAGGCGGUCUGUGGAAGGCCGUGGAGGAGAGUGCUCAGCUGGGCGCCCGAGCCUUCGGCCUCUUCCUGACGUCGCAGCGGACGUGGCACACGAAACCGCUCGACCCGUGCGACGCCCAGCGCUUCAGGGAGACGUGCAAGCAGCUCGGAUUCACGCCGGACCACAUCGUCCCGCAUGGAUCCUACUUGCUCAACUGCGGCUCCCCCAGCACAGAGACGUUUGAAAAGAGCCGAGCGGCGCUGGUGUCGGAGCUGCAGCGCUGCGAGAAGCUGGGGCUCGUGCUCUACAACUUUCAUCCGGGGUCAUCGUGCGGCCAGGGCUCCACGGACGCCUGCCUGGAGCGCAUCGCCUCCGCCAUCAACUAUGCGCACGAGCGCACGUGCGGCGUCGUCACCGUGAUAGAGAACAUGUGCGGUCAGGGCCACACGGUGGGCGGUCAGUUUGAGGAGCUGCGCGGCAUCAUCGACCUCGUUGCCGACCAGAGCCGCAUCGGCGUCUGCCUCGACACGUGCCACGCCUUCGCCGCAGGUUACGACGUCUCGUCGCAGGACGGGGUGCAGCGCACACUGGAUGAGUUCCAUCGCGUCGUCGGACUCAAGUUCCUCAAGGCCGUGCACCUCAACGACUCCAAGGGGAAGCUGGGCUGCCACCUGGACCGCCAUGAGAACGUGGGGCGUGGCCACAUCGGCCUGGAAGGCUUCCGCGCCAUCAUGAACGCGCCGCAGCUCGACCACCUGCCCAUGAUCCUGGAGACGCCAGGGAGUCCCUCAUUUGGGUACGAAGAGGAGAUUGCGCUGCUGUACUCGCUGUGCCGCUAGUGCCACGGCUUGCAGGUGGUGGGCGACCAGGCGGACCCGUAACCUGACAACGACCCUGUGGGCCCCAAAACCUCGUGACCUCGGGCAGGCCAGCCCCUGUGAUUUGUGGAAUUUCAAGCACAAGAUGACUCCCAAAGUGCUCAAUGACGUCAACGUUUGAGUCAAACUUCCUUUAAAAAAUGCAACCUAUCCAUGUUUCUCAGAUGUGAUGCCUUCGAUAAUCUUACGUUGCUGUACUUGUAUGUCUGUACACCAGUGAAGUGUGUUACCUAUUUUGACAAUAAAGCCCCCUUUCUUAAUACCGCUGCAGUGUUUCACGUCCGAAACGUAUUUAAGGUGUAAAAGUGCACAUGCAGUGCAUCGCCUGUAACCAUGGUGCAUAUCGUAUCGAGGUAUUAACAGGCGGCCUCCGUGAUUUCGGGCGAUUACCCAUAACUCCUCCAGCAGCCCACACAUUCACCUGCUGUCGUCCACUCUGAUGCUGAGUAACCCGCACGACCGAAAGAAAAACUGCGGGGCAAGGCGAGGUUCUACAGCUUUGACAAAGGAGCCGAAAUUGACAGCACCAGAGGUCUGCUGCUCGCCGUGGUGCCUUUUUUGCUGAACGCGUCAAGCUGGAAAUGUUUCAGAUUGAUGGGCCUCGUAGUGUGGAACGCUUGACCGGACAAACUCAAUAAUAAACACCUUUGAGUUCAACCACUUAAA